GAGACUUUUCCGUCUCUUCCACAUAGAAAUGCAUGACGUAGACGGUGCUUUGCUAAUAGAGGGGGUACCGAACAUGGUAGUUGGCCAGUUUUAACCAAUUGCAUUAUUUAGGAGGCCAGGGAUUACUUUUGUUUGAAAUCCUUAAAAGAAACGUUCUUUGACAUUUACACUUUAAAUGGGUUGUUCCUGCCCUAAUUGUUUGUUUCUGGCCAACUUGGAUCCACAGACUAUUUGUCUAGAGCCCUUGGGGCUUGCUGAAAGGCUAAUGCCACAUGCAUCCUUGUAAUGCAAUUCACCAGUUGUAUAGGUGACAUCCCUUGUUCUGAAAUGGAGGGACUCUCAAUGUCCAUGCUAAAUCAUUGCUUUCUGGGCAACAAAGCGGCUUUUCAGACCUCGUAUCCAUGGCAACGACUAUCCCGCCCUCUUCUUCAAAUCAAAGGAAUCAGGACAAGCAGGUAAUCUGAUCUUUAAACUAGCAAUGUCUCCGCCCCUGUUUUGGUCUUCCUUGUAACUAAAGUGAGCUCAGCCCUGCGUCCACACUGAGCGGAGCCUACUCACACACGGGGCCGACUUAGUUCAGCUUCCUGUUCGAUCCAGUGGGAGAAAGAAUGCUGGUUCUGACGAUCCACUUGUGACUGACCGGGCUUCGUCUGGCGGAACGGCUCUCUGAAGCUCGGCAGCUCUGCUACUACCAUGGGAAACCAGGUGGUCGCCCUCCUCCUGGCCCUCCUCGGGUUCUUUGGAACCAUCUUGAUCUGCGGCCUGCCCAUGUGGAAGGUGACGGCGUUCGUGGGCGCCAACAUCAUCACGGCGCAGGUCUUCUGGGAGGGCCUGUGGAUGAACUGCGUGAUCCAGAGCACGGGUCAGUCCCAGUGCAAGGCCUACGACUCGGUGCUGGCCCUGCCCCAGAACCUGCAGGUGUCGCGGGCGCUGGUCUGCGUCUCCAUCGCCGUCAGCGUAGCGGCCAUCGGGCUCACGGUGGCGGGCGCCCGCUUCACCAACUUCCUCCGCGACGACGGCCGCACCAAGAUCAGCGUGGGCAUCGCAGGAGGCGCCGUGUUCAUCGUGGCGGGGGUCCUUUGCCUCAUUCCUGUCAGCUGGUCAGCCUACACCAUCAUCACAGGGUUCUUUAACCCCAUCGCCACCCAGGAGAGGCGGGGCGAGCUGGGGGCGUCCAUCUACGUGGGAUGGGCCUCCGGAGUGCUGCUCGUGAUUGGUGGAGGAAUGCUAUGCAGCACCUAUAGAUACUGAGGAGCUAGAGCCGCAUGGUUCAUGCGUAGUGUGCAUACGUAGCAGGGGAAGUUAGGCUCACCCAGGCUGCUUGGGUCAGUGUGUGUACAUAGCAGGGGUAGAUGGGUCCAACCGGUCUGCCUGCAUAAAUGGAAGUUAGUUAUAGGACCACAUUGUUUAAGCUCUGAAUUGUCUCCUUGUUCCAUGACGUGAUAAACUGAUAAACAUUAUGUCGCUCUUUUUCAACAGUUUGUAAUAUUUGAAAUGAACAUGUAUGAUUGAAUGUUAGUAAUUUCUUGUAUUACCGGUAUUUGCAAGAAAAUAAAUGAAUAUAUUUUCUCAUUU